AUGCUCAUCACCACCCCGCCACCGCCACCACCAUCAUUAUCAUCAUCACCAUCAACAUCAUCAACAACCGCCACAUUCAUCAACACCAUCACCACAAUUGACAUCGUCAUCUUCAUCAUCACCUCCGCCACCAUCAUCAACAAUACCACUAUCACAACCAUCAUCAUCAUCAUCGUAAUCGACAUUUGUUACCAUUAUUAUUAUUAUUAUUAUCGAUCGUGUAAUGAUGAGUUCAAUCCUGGUGAGGGUGAUAAUGCUGAUGACAGUGGUUGUAAUCAUGGCAAUGAUGGCGAAGGUGGUGAUAAUGAUGGUAACGCUGAUAAUGAAAAACAUGAAAAUGAUAUUUUUAACGAUGAUGGUGCGAAAGGUAUCAAUGAUGAUGAUAGAAAUGAUUGCGAUGACGAUGAUAUUCAUGAUAUUGAUCAUGUUGGUGAUGAUGAUGAUAAGGAUGGUGAUGAUGAUACUGGUGGGGCCGGUGGUGAUGUUCCUGAAAAUGAUGAUGAUGGUGAUGGUGAUCACCGUGAUAAUGUUGAUGAUGAUAUCUAUAAUAAAGUUGUAUUGAUCAUAACUAUGGUGAUGACGAUGGCCGUGAUGAUGAUAAUGAUGGCGAUAAUGAUGAUGUUGGGAGAACGUCAUGAUGCUGGCGACAAUAGGGAUGGUAAUAGUGGUCGUGUUAAUGGUAAUAACGAUGAUGAUAACGGUAGUCAUGAUCAUGAUGAUGACGAUAAUGAUGGCAAUGUUAGUCGUUUUAACGAUAGUGGUGAUGAUGAUGAUGAUUAUAGUUACAUUCGUGAUAAUGAUGGUGAUCAUGAUAAUCAUGUCUGUCGUAAUCGUGAUAGUGAUGAUAAUCAUAAUGAUGGUAAUGAUGAUGAUGACGAUCUAUUUCUCUAA